CGGAUUUUGGAGCUGUGAUAUGAAGAAGCGGGGACACUCGGAGGUUUUGGGAUUAGGGCUCGAAAGGCAGGUUAUCUUCUGGUUAUCGAUUUGGUUGGCGGUUUCGCAACAAGCGUCGGGGCUUAGACCCAUAAGGGAGAAGAAAACUCGAUCAUGGAGUGACGAGUGGCUCUUUGGUAGAAAACAAGUAACUGAAGUAGGACCGUUUUCUGCAUGGAACAUAACAGGAACAUAUAGAGGAAACUGGAAGUUUCUAGAUUCCGUGAAUAGCUCUUUGAAAUUUCAAGACUUACAGAAAUCAAAUGGUAACUCUGUGGUUGAGUUAGUGGCAGUUCCAACGAAGAUAACUGGUGUGCAUUAUGUUCAGGGUGUAGUUGUUUUCCAUGACGUAUUUGACAAUGAACAAAAUUUGGGUGGUGCCCAAGUAUAUCUGGAAGGUGUAUAUAUAUGGCCCUUUAGACAACUCCGUCUUGUGGCUAACAGUGGCAAGGAGGGUGAUUCAGGGCUAGAAGACAAUAAUCUUCUCUCGAAUCCCUAUCAUUUGCUCGGAAUUUUCUCCUCUCAAGUAUUUCAAGAAUCUCCAAGGGACAGAAUACUGAAACGGAAAAUUUCGCCACUAAGUGAGGUGGAGAAGCACUGUAAUAUCGAACUAGCAGCUCAGAUAUCGCGUGUGGCUUCCAGUGAAAUUAAUGGAGACAAAAAUUACUAUCACAUGGAAGGAUUGAUGGAAAGCCCUGGGGUAGGCGAUGACAGAGAGUGUUUCUCGCCUUUGUUACUGAAUGCGACUUCUAUCAAUGUCGAAGUCUACUAUAACAAAGCUGUGAACUAUACCUUGAUGGUCUCUUUCCUCCAGGUUCUUUUGUUGAUCCGGCAAAUGGAGCACGGUAACACACAAUCUGGUGCUGCGAAGGUAUCUAUUGUAAUGAUUGGGCAACAAGCGAUCAUGGAUGCUUAUUUAUGCCUUUUACAUCUCACGGCCGGGAUAUUAGUUGAAUCUCUAUUUAAUGCAUUUGCAACCGCUGCGUUCUUCAAGUUCGUAGUCUUUUCGAUUUUUGAGAUGAGAUAUCUUCUGGCCAUAUGGAAAGCAACUCGGCCUUCCAACAGCGGAGAAGGUUGGGAAACAAUGAGGCGUGAACUGUCCAUUCUGUACAGCCAUGGGAUCCUUCUUGGAGGCAUAUUGAUAAUGUACGAGUUCCACAACUACAUGCGGCCGAUUCUUCUUCUCAUGUACUCAUUUUGGAUACCACAGAUAGUCACCAAUGUCGUCCGUGAUUCAAGAAAGCCUCUGCACCCGUAUUACAUCUUGGGCAUGACAGCUUCACGGUUAGCCAUACCUUUAUAUGUUUUUGGAUGCCCACACAACUUCAUGCAUGUACAGCCCAGCAAGGUCUGGUGCGCAUGCUUUUGCACAUUCAUGGGGUUGCAAGCUGUCAUUCUUCUUCUUCAGCAUUAUUUUGGUUCACGUUGCUUUGUUCCUCGUCAGAUGCUACCAGAGAAAUACAACUACCACAGAAGAUUUAGUCAGGACGUGAGCCGCACCACUGAUUGCGUCAUUUGCAUGACCGCUAUCGAUCUCAGACAGCGUACCAGUGAUUUCAUGGUAACUCCAUGUGAUCAUUUCUUCCACUUGGGAUGCUUACAAAGAUGGAUGGAUAUAAAAAUGGAGUGCCCAACUUGUCGGCGUUCGCUUCCUCCAGCA